CUGCGGUUUCGUGGCGUGGUUGGUCGUAUUUUUUACAAUUUUCGUCAUCUGUCAUCACUGAAUGGAUAAAUUAAAGUAAGAGAGGAUCAAAAGAUUGAAGAUAAUGGCUGUAAAUUCUUACGGCGGUGGAGGAACUGAAGAAGGAGUUUAUGCCCAAUUGGAUUUGAGUGGCAAACUUAUUAUUAAAGCCCAGUUAGGUGAUGACAUUAGGAGAAUUCCAAUUCAUAAUGAAGACAUUACUUAUGAUGAACUUGUUCUUAUGAUGCAGAGGGUUUUUAGAGGGAAGUUAAAUGCUGAUGAUGAAGUUCUCAUUAAGUAUCGUGAUGAAGAUGGUGAUUUAAUAUCUAUCUUUGACAGCUCAGAUUUAUCAUUUGCAAUUCAAUGCAGUAGAAUUCUUAAACUGACAAUCUUUGUAAAUGGACAUCCUGAGCCUUUGCAGUCUGAUGAAGUGAAACAUAUAAGAACUGAACUGCAGAAAAUUAGGAAUCAAGUUAACCAAUUAAUUGACCAGUUAGAACCUAGAGCACCUUUGCCUGGCAGUCGAGUUGAAAAUGAAAAAGGUAUUGCUAAUGCUCAAGCUAAUAAUACUCCCAAUGCUGCAGCUCCUAAGGAGUUUGAUCCUUUAUCUACUAAAGAGGGUGGUGGUGAAGGGCGAAAUAAAGUGGCAACAUCAUUUGGAUUGCAAGAAGAACAACAGGAUUCGAAUGUCUCUGUAUCAGAAAACAAUAAUGGUCGAGGAGGUUCACCAGAUAGUAUCUCCAGUUUAGGUUCUUCCGCCAGUCAGAAACAACCACAACAGAUGCAGCAGGGAGUACCUCCCCCAACUAGCAUGUAUCAGACUCAGCCUCAUCAAGUUUACGUCUCGUCUCAAAAUAAUCCUGGAGUACCAUCACAUCAUUACUUCCCUGGGUCUGGAGGUCCUGGCCCCCACCAACAGCAGCAGCAACCACAGUCACCUGCUUCAAGUGUGGGCAGCGGUUUUGCUCCUCCUCCACCUUCUGGAUAUGGCUCAACCCAGCCUGGUCCAGGCUAUGGCAGCUAUCAACAAAAUCCACAGAUGCAGCAGGCUCAGUAUGGUCAACCACAGCCCUCUCAAGGUCAGCAGCAACAAAUGCCCCAGCAAGUUCGUGGCAGUCCAUUCACUGGUCCACCAACAAGUGGUCCCAGUCAGGGUCAAACUGGAGCACCCUCUCCUUUCCAGGGAGGUCCUCCCACAUCACAAGCUUUCCAAGGUCAAAUGCAAUAUCCUGCUGGGUAUUCUCCUGGUCCUGCAACUGGACCUGUACCAAGUGGUCCCGGUCCUGCUAAUCCUUACUCCAGAGGCUCUACAACUUCUUAUGCUCGUCCUACCUUGAACUACCAAGCAGGAUAUUAAUCUUAAUCUUAAUUAGUUAUUCAUUUAUUUUUGUUAUCUUUCUUUUCAUGCUAAGAUCUGUGUAUGGCAGGCCUACAGGUUGUGUUUAUUAUCAUUUUAGUAUUUUAAAAAUUUAUGCUUGUAUAUAUGUUUUAAAAAAUUGCAGUCCAUAUUAAAAAAAUAAUUUUCCCCCUCUUAAUUAGAGAUUAUUUGUUUUGUUUAAGUUUAAAAUUCAACUUGAGUUGACAUUUUUUUUUUCCCUUUAAAAAUUAUAAAUUAGAGAUUAUUUUAAAACGCUUUUGAAAAAUGUUUGUGUUAUUUACGUGAAAUGUGCUCAAAUGGUGCAGUUAUCUAGUAUGUAUGCAUUUUCAUUAUAAAUGCUUAUUAUUGGAAUAUGCAUUGCCUUACAUCAUAAUCAGAAAUUCAUUAGUAAAUAAAAAUUUGCUUUAAAAUGUGUUUUGGUUUUAUUAAAUAUUUCUUAAAUUAAUAGAAGACUAAAAUAGAUGCUUCUUGUAUUAUUUUUUUUUCUUCUCCUUAAAAUCUGUAUGUUUCAGCAAUCCAGUUGCAACUUUUAUUAUGUUACAAUUAGUUUUUGAACUGUUCUUUUGUUUAAAACUUUGAUCUUGUCAAAUGCCUAGUGGUAAUAAAUCUUUUUCUGUCCUUUAGUACUGUAACAAUCACAUUCAUAAAUGGAUAAAGUUGUGCUUUGAAUUCUUUUACUGAUACCCAUCUUUUUUGUUACAGGAAAAACUUUUUACAAAAUAUUUUCUGUAGUAUUAUGAAUUUUUAAUGUAAUAAACAUGUACAAUAAAACAGA